AUGCGAAGAAAGGAGUUGCAUGAGGAGCUUACUGAAGUUCUGGAUAGGCAAGAAAGGCUUCUUAGUUUCAUUGAAGAGAAAAGACUAAAAGUUAAUGAAGUUGGUCUAAUGAACUUGACAGAAAGACGAGAGGAUGAUGAUGAGGAUAAGGAGGAUGGGGAGGAUGGGGAGGGGCACAAGGAAGAUGAUGACAUUGAGGAGGAUGAGGAGGAGGAAGAGGAGGAUUACAAGGAGGAGCACAAUGAAGAUGGUGAUGUGCAUGAUCAUAAUUAUGAUGAUGAUGGUGAUGACAAUGACAAGGAGGGUAGCAAGGGUGGUGAUACGCAUGAUCAUGACAAUGACAAAGAGGAUAGCAAAGGUGGUGAUGACGAGCAUGGAACUGAAUCUGAAAGGAAUGAAGUUCCGUCUGAAACUCCUGAAAAGCAAAGCACUCCUUCACCAAAGACCAAUGAGGCAAAUGAAGAAGAGGAUGGAAAGGAUGGAACAAGCCGAGGAGUUGAGUCUGAAACUGAUAACAAGCCGAGCACUCUUCUGCCAAAGGAAGUUGAAAUCGCUAAAGGUCAAACUGAUGAAAUUGACAAAGUAGCUGGGUUUGAAGCUGCUAACAAGCAAAGUACUUCAAUGCCAAAGACAAGUGUAAUCAAUGAAGAUAAACAAGACCAAGUGAACCUUGAUGACCAGAAUGUGAUGGAUGGAACUCGAACAGCUGAAAUUGAUGAAGCUACUAUAAUUGUAGCUGAAGCCAUAUGUCAGUUGGAUCCUAAAGAAGUCCUUUUACUCACACAAGGAGAAGAAUCACAUAAUGAGACUUAUACAUCAAUUGAUGACCUUUUAGAUAACUUGUCUGAAACUGUGUUCGUAAAGCUUGAAAAAGGUUGUUACAGAACGGCACCAUCUGAAGUGAAGGAAAAGAUGGCAACCCUGAUUCGCCACGAUUGUCCAAGCUUUGCAUUAUUGAGCCAAGAAGAUCCAAAAGAAGAGUCGUCGCAAAAAUCAUUAUCCAAUGAAGAUGUACGAGAAAGGAUCAUUGAAGAAGAAGUGCAGUUCAUUCAACAAAACCCUAAUGAAUUUUUUAGCAGCCAAGAGGUAGAAGAAGAGAAGACGACUCCAGUGAGGACAAGAGCAGGAAGGAUGAAGGAAGCAGAGAUGUUGAAGACACAAGCCGCUAGCAAGUUUUCCAAGACACCACAAAAGAGAAAUGCAAAAAGAAAGCUAGAUCCUGAUUUCACUGCCGAGGGUAAAACCAAACGAGUUAUGAUAAAAGCUGAUACAAAAGGCAAGGGGAUCAAAGAGGGACAAGAACCAGGCUAUCCUGCGCCAAUAAAGAGAAAGGGAGAUGUAUAUUGUCCUCACAAUCCAUUGCCAGAUGUUCGUCUAUCACCACUAUGCCAAGCUAUGCAAGCAGGACAAGACAAAAAAAGGUACUAUGUCAAGUAUAAUAUCACCAGCGAGGUGGAAAAGCUUGUGGUUAAUUUCAUACGAGACAUGCCUGAGAAUCUGGAAGUUCUUGUAAUCCCUAUCAAUCACUCUUCAGAUCAAACGAGGAUGGGAUUGCACUGGUCACUUUUGAAUUUUGAUUUUGAAGUCAAUGAAUGGAAAUGGUAUAACUCGUUACACUCAGAAAAUGAGCAGUCAUAUCAAGACGAUGCAAAGCAACUAGCAGCUGUGGUACAAGUGGAACUCAACAAGAAGAAAUCAUUGAAGGGUCACCCACCUAUAUAA